CCGCUGUCGGACCUCACCGGCUAAAGAGUCUGAUAUUCGAUCUUCAGCGUUUCAUGCUUCACUGCGAUAGGGCCUACUUGUUAGUACCUGGAAAAAAUUAACGCCUUGUGGUUGUAGACAAACCCAGUCUUGCAUUAUUAACGUUGCUGCCUAGUAAAUGCAUGUGUUUGUUGCCUGAGAACCUAAAAUCUUAUGUGUUAACGAGCUGGAUCAGUACGUUUAAUGUCUUGGAACUCGUUUCGACGCUGACCGCUGGUUGUGCUUAAAGAGGAACUCUUUGUUAUUUGUGAAGCUACCAGGAUGGCAGACAGCGAGUCCAUCAAAAAAAUGUUGCGGUCUGUCCUUAUGUCCAGCAAGACUGGCGUGUCUAUAAGCACCCUCCAGUCAGACUACAGGUCACUGUGCGGAGAGAGCAUCCCGCUGAAGAAGCUGGGUUACUCAAAACUGGAGGACUACCUUGCGAGCAUCCCUUCUGUAGUCCGUCUGGAGUACCGCAUGGGUGAGGUGAAAUGCUUUGCUGCAGUGUCUCAGGAGACAGCCCACAUUGCCGAGCUGGUGGCCAAGCAGAAAAACUCCAAGAAAUCUGGUCGCUCCCAAUUUGUUAACUGCAAAAUGAGAUUCAAACCUUCCAACCCAUACAUGCUCAACGUGAGGCCAAGGUCCUCUCUCCGGCAACCCUCAGCUGGCGGUACCUCUAACUGGCCAGUAAACCGCCCUCAGUCCCACGGUGGGUACAGAGGCUUCAGUGCCGCAGGAGACUACAGGCAGAUGUACCAGAGGUUCAGCUCUGUCACCCCUGUCCAACACAGACAACCAUCUACUCCUCAACCGGCUCCUCGACCAGCUGUAAAACAGUGUUUAAUGCCCGCCAGGAAAGAGAAGACAUUGGCAAACCAUGAGAAGCCUAAAGAGAAGCCUCCUGAGCAAGUCUCCAGACCCGGCCUAUCGCAGUCUGGUGUGUAUGACAUGGAGCUGGAGCAGAGCAGAAUAACUCAGCUCCUGAAGAAGUACUGCAGUGGAUUAUGGCUGUCGAAACUGUCAGGGGUCUACGGUGACAUGUUCAGUCAGAAGCUCCACCCUCAGGUGCUCAUAGAUAUGGAAAAGUGGACACACAUUGCUAUGUUGGAGCAACCUUCCAGCACCAACCGAGCUGACCGCCUAAUCUACCCUCCUCUACCUCCUAAGCCUUGUAUUGUCCCUCGAAGUGGCAACACCAACACGUCUACAACAUCACCCACCAGUUCAACCGCCACCACACCACUUUCUUCACGUCCCUCAACACCCGAGCAGCCUAACACUCCAGUGUGUCCUCCCCCUGUACCUAAACCUAGAGUUUCCUCCAAAAGCCCCUUGGCUAAACCCACCUUCAUUUUCCCUCCACAACCUGUUGCUCCCUAUUCAGGCAAGCUGUCUUCAGUCACAUUGCGCAGCCCUGCCCGCAACCCAGCUCUUGCUCCACAGCUGCCCCCCUAUGUUAAUCUUGCAGUUAAUGCCAAUGGUGGAUGUAAAGAAAAUCACAACUUGUCUGCAACCACCCUCCGCCACAACCAAAACACUCCCCCCUUAACCCCUACCUUCACUUGCCCUGCACCAACCAAUGCUCCUCCAUCACCCUGCUCCCUCCAACCUGGCCCUGAAAUUUUACCCCUUUUAAAGAUCGCCUUCUCCCCUGGCUCUGCUCCUGCCCCUUGUCCUCCCUCAAAACUUUCUGCUGCUGUUGUGCCAGUUGAGGUGCGACAGAGAAUAAAGGAGCUUCUGUCCAUGUACAGUCAAGGUCUGUGGGCCCAUGCUGUGCCAAAACUCUUUAUGGACACAUACAAGACCCCGUUCCCUGAACAUGUUCUGGACAACUUGUCUCUUUUGCUGGAUAUAUGCAAUGUUGAGUACCCGAUCCCCAAUGACAAGAAUAAGGCCAUCCUGUAUUACUCCAGCAGAGCAGACAUGGAAGCCACAAACGGGCAAGAAAGCCAGCCGAGCAGAGGCCAUCCCCUUCCCUCUGGUCUGGAGGUUUCUGGUCCUGUAGUUCCUCCAUGUCUGGUUCUUCCCUCUGAGCAGUACCCCUCUGUGUUGAUUACUGAAGCCAAGAGCAGCAAUGCUGUCACUGUAAGGUAUGUGGGUCAGAACUACUCCAAUGCCCAGGAGGCUAUGGAGGAGGCCAUGAGUGCUUUGUACAACCACAGCUCCACCAACCACACUCUGUCUAAACCUGUCGCUGGUCAGCUGGUGGCAGUCAGAGGAGAGGAUGGAGAGGAGCUGGCAAGAGCUCAAGUCAUGGAGGUUUUGGCCCCUGACAAGGUCAAGGUUUACUAUGUGGACUAUGGCUUCUCUGUGGAAACCAGUGGGACUAAUCUGCUGAAGCUGCACCAGAACUUCCUCUCUCUGCCCUUCCAGGCUAUCACUGUUAGACUCGCAGGUCUAGAGGCAUUCAGCUCCCAUCCUCUGGUGCUCUCUUCUUUGGACAAGAUGGCAGUGGGAAAGAUUCUGCUGAUGGAGACAUUAGAGCCAUGUCAACAGAAUGAGACGCCUGUGGCAGUGCUGUAUGACACUUCGCAGGAUGAAGACAUCAACAUCAACUCCACCUGCCUGAAAGCUCUCCAGGACAUGACCAUGAGCAACCCUCUGACUGUAAAUGCUACCUAUCCGGAUGUGUGUGUCACCAACGUGUGUGCAGAUGGUAUCAUCUACUGCCAGCUGCCCUGCAGAGGAACCGCAAGACUAAGCAAGUUACUGGAAGAAACUGAGACGUUCUUCAUCUCCCAGAUGACAUCUGAGUCUCUGGUGUCCAGACCCUUCAGUGGCAAACUGUGUCUAGCUCGCUACAAAGGAAUGUGGUCCAGAGCAGAAGUCAUAAACAUGUACGGCAACAGAGUGAUUGAGAUCCUCUUCAUUGACUUGGGAGUCCCAGCUACUGUAGAGGUCACUGAUCUGAGAGAGAUCCCCCCUCUUUUCCUCAAAAACUUCAUCAUCAUCCCACCACUGGCUGUCAAAUGCCGCCUUGCUGACAUCACAGUUCCAGAGGGAGACUGGAGCCCAGAGGCCGUUCUAUGGAUGAAGGAGGCUCUCCUGGGAUCUGAAGACUGUAAAAUGAAGAUCUUGAAAUUAGACCAGCACAAAGGGGACUCACUGGUCUAUAUGUACCUCUUCAUUGGUGCUGACAGUCAGGAGCUGGACAAGAGCAUCAACCAUAAGCUGGCCCAGUCAGAGUUGUGGCAGAAACUCUCAACACACAACAACGGCAGUGGGGAUAUAGGUAUCAGUUCUCUUGUGGAGAAGCUGACUCUGAGCAGCCUGGUCCCAAUUCCCAUUGCCAAGGCCUCAACCCAACCUCUGCAUGGAACAGGGGACUCAUCUUCUCCAGAUGCGACCACCAGUAGUGGGAUGCAGUCACUUCCGAUGCCUCCCCGACUGGAGAUCCCCCAGCCUGGUCAGAAUAUGGAUGUGUUUGUGCCAGUGGCCUGCCACCCUGGUUACUUCGUGCUGCAGGCAUGGCAGGACCUGCAUAAGCUGGUGGUGUUGAUGGGGGAAAUGAUCCUCUACUAUAACCAGACGCAGAAGACAAACUCAGCCCCACACAUCCAGAAAGGAGAGGUCUACGCCGCCAAACUAGACAAGAACUGGCACCGUGUUCAGGUGAAGGGGAUUCUGGCCAACGGGUUGGUUUCAGUCUUCGAGUUGGACUACGGCAAACACGAGUUAGUCCGCAAUACUCUCCUCAGGCCUCUGAUACAGGAGUUCCGACAGCUGCCCUUUCAGGCCAUUACUGCAAAACUUGCAGGCUUGACAGAGCACCAGUGGUCAGAGGAGGCAUCCAUGCUAUUCAGGAACCAAGUGGAGGGUCGAGCACUGGUAGCCCAGGUGGAGAGUGUGUCGGAGGUUAAAGGUGAGAUAGUUGACCGCAGGUUGACAGUUUACCUGGUGGACACUACAGUGGAGGACAGGGACCUUUGGAUUCACAGCACCAUGGCCAACAUUGGUGGUGAGCUGUCUUCGGCAGCCUAGGAUGUCUUCUCAUGCACGUUGGUAAAUUAACCAGCAGCAAGCUGACUGUUUAAGUCCAACAACAGUUCUUCUACUGGUUCUUUUCAUUUUCUAAAACAAUGGUGAAAGUGCUCACCGAACUUUGGAAGCCAAGAGUCACUUUCUCUGCCUUUGGUUCAUUUUCAGCGUUCUGGAUUUCUCCCAUUCAAAGACUUUAUUAAAGUUUUCCUUUUUAAUUUUUGGGUCAUAGUUCAUGGCCAUGGUCACUUGUGACGGGAAAUGUUUCUAUAAGAAGAUCAUUUUUUUCUGAAUUUAAGGACUGAAAAAAAUGACGAAAAUGAUGGAAGACAUCCAACACCAUCAAAUGGUACACUGACAAGUAAUCAUUGUGAAACUAGCUCACUUUAAUUCAUCUAAACGUUCUUUCAAGUUCAGUCACCUGUGUUGCAUGUUUUUGUGUUAUUUAUUUCUCUAUUUCCCAUCUAAUUCGUUUUUUUGUUGCUUUGCCUUAUGCAUGCAAUGGUGUGGCUCAUUUUGCACUUAAUUUUGACUGUAUAUAUUUAAGCUUUUACAUUAAUACAAAGUAAAUGACCUUACUGCUUUAAUCUUCAUAGGAGUUAAGACUUCACUGAUGGGACCAUCUUGUUUAAUCUUGUUUGAUAUUUCUGGUGUUGUUUAAACAUGACAAGUUGUUCAAAAGGAUUUGUUCAAAUAAAAUACAUUUUGAUUGAUAUUUGCCAUCCUAGCAGGAUAAUAAAGGCUAUUUCACCUCACA